AUGGCUCUCAGGAAACGUGCACAGGGAAAGAAACAUUCAGAUUCAGACUCAGACAGCUCAUCCUGCAAGCAAGAAGUAUCACAGCAUUCAAAACAGGAACUUGCACAGACUGUCGUCGCCCUGAGGAAGGAGAAAAGUCGACACUUCUUCUCAUCUAGGCGGUUUCUUUUUCCUCUCGGCGUCUUUGUCGGCGUCCUUCUAGGCUUUAUUCUGAUCCAACCCACAGACUUUACCGACUUCCAAACCCAUCUCGCCCUUCUCCUUGAUCAGUACGAUAUUAAUGUUCCCCAAUUUCCUCAAUUCGAUUUCCCCCAGCUAGACCUCACCCUCUUCGAGUCUGAAUGGCGUAAAUUCCGGAGUAGCAUUCCCGAGCCAUGGAAGCUCAACAACAACGGACUCGAAUUCACCGUAGGCGAGGCUAUGGCCGCGCGAGGGCUCACCGCGAAGCACCCUGUCGUCCUCAUACCCGGCAUUAUUUCUACGGGCCUGGAGUCAUGGUCGACUAAUCCGGAGUAUCGGCCAUUCUUUCGCCAGAAGCUCUGGGGCGGUUUCUCAAUGCUCUCUCAGGUGAUGUUCAAUAAGGAGCGAUGGAUGUCCGCUAUCAUGCUUGACCCCAUCUCCGGGCUCGAUCCACCCGGAGCUAAGGUGCGUGCAGCUGAAGGCAUUGAUGCCGCGAGCAGCUUCAUUCAAGGAUACUGGCUGUGGUCAAAGAUCGUCGAAAAUCUCGCUGUUGUAAACUAUGACACAAAUAAUCUGCAUCUGGCCCCAUACGACUGGAGGCUGUCAUAUUAUAACCUCGAGAAACGGGAUGGCUACUUCACAAAGCUCAAAGCCACGAUUGAAGGCUUCAAAACACGAGACGAUCGACGUGUCGUCUUGGUCGCACACUCGAUGGGCAGCACGGUCAUGAUGGUAGGACUGCUCGCCAAAAUUCAGCCCCAGUCACUGAUUGCUGGUCUAGUAUUUCCCCUUUUCCUGCGCGCGGUCUCCACAAACAGCUUCAAAUGGGUUGAGUCACCUGAACACGGCAAGGGUGGUCCAGACUGGGUUGAGAAUCACAUCGAAGCCCUCGUGACAAUCGCUGGGACGCACCUCGGCGUGGUAAAAGCUAUGUCAGCCUUCCUGUCCGGCGAGAUGAGAGACACCGUCCAAAUCAAUCCAGCGGGCGCAUAUGUUCUUGAGCGAUUCUUCUCGCGCAAAGAGCGACAAAAGCUCUUCCGCAGCUGGGCCGGCAGUGCGAGCAUGUGGAUGAAGGGGGGCGAGGCUGUAUGGGGCAACGCGACCUUCGCACCCGACGACAUGUCUGACGAAGCUCAUGGUCACGGCGACCUCAUCGUCUUUCGCCAGUCUGUCGUCGAGACGGAAGGCGUAAGUUCCACGCUCACCAACAUGACCGCGACAGACGCGGGAACGUGGAUCUUGGAGCGUACAUCCGCUCAUUUUCAACAAAUGAUUGCGUCCAAUUAUUCGUUUGGGAUCGAGCGCGAUGAGGACGUCCUGCGCAGGAACAAUCUAGACCACCGGAAAUGGUCAAAUCCUCUGGAAAUACAGCAAAUGUGUUGUGUUCCACUGACGCCUAGGUACACACGGGGAGAAUACGAAUACGACGACAUCCAGCCUGACAUGCUCAAUCCCACGUGUGCCAACACAACCGAUUGUACCUCGCCCCUAUCACCACUCAACAUGCCGUUCUCGCGCAAGAGCCACAUAGAUUCUGACUACACAGACGAAUCCAUCUCGCCCAAGGUGAUCAACGGCGUUCGGAUGGGCGAGGGCGAUGGCACGGUCAACCUGCUGAGCCUUGGGGCCAUGUGUGUUGAGGGGUGGAAGCGCAAACGGUGGAACCCCGCUGGGAUCGAGGUGGUCACCGUCGAAGCGAGUCUCUCUGCUCUUACAGUCUCACGAGUGCCUCCUGAUCAGUCAAACCUCGCACAGCUGCCCCACAACCCAGUACCAACGAUUCCGCGCGGUGGCGGGACGACGAGCGACCAUGUCGACAUCCUCGGGUCGACUGCGCUUAAUGAGAUCGUCCUCAAAGUAGCAACGGGCGCGGGAGACGAGGUGCACGACUCGUUUGUCUCACGGAUUCGAGAAUAUGCGGGUCGGGUGCAGUGGGACUGA